AAAAAGCCUAAAUUACUAUGUGAAUCUCCGGCAUAGGUCUUCUGUGAAUAUAUAGAUUUCUUCUUCGAAUCUCCGGCGAAUCUCCUCUGUGAAUCUCCGGCGAAGUCCUCUGUUUUUUUUUUGGUUGAAAUGUAUAACCUGAUCCAGUGAAGAAAAAUCUGCCAUGUUUGGGCUAAAUUUGGACUUCUUCGGAGUAGUUAGACAUUGUCAGUUGUACAGAUAUGUUUAAUUGGAACGACGAAGAGCUAAACGAUAUAAUAUGGGGCGAGACUGGUGAGAGCGAUGACCACAUAGUGCCACAUCCUGAUGGAAGUGAAGGGAAAGCUCCAGCUUAUGGAGAUAACAUUAAGAAGAAAUGGGAUGUGGAAGCUUCUAACAUCAAGCCUACUGAUCAGAAGAAACCUACAACUAAAAUGGAUCUGAGUAAUAUUAAACUAGAUGGCAGUUCCAAACAUGACACUGAUGGACCUUCUAUGAAAGCUGGAUGCAGGAUUGAAUUGGGCACUGAUCUGUCAUUGACCAAUGCUACGAAGAGUAAUCAAGAUUCCUCGGGUGCUGAAGCAUCUAAUAAUCUGACAGAAGUUCCAAAAUAUGAAUGUCUUAGAGAUGAAAGAAAUCGGCUUGGUGAUGAUUCUCGAGUUUUUCACCAUCAGAAUGAGGAACUGGAGCAAAGUGAUUUUAUUGAUUAUGGAUGGGCUAACAUUGGAAGUUUCGAUGACCUUGAUAAGAUAUUUAGCAACAACGACCCACUGUUUGGAGAUACAAGCCUUCCUAACACUCUCGAUCUAUGGUCAUCUUGUAAAGAUGUUACAAGCAGCCAAGAUAAGUCUGUUCCCCUGUCUAUUGACUCUCCGAGUUUGGCGCUAGGAUCUCUGAGAAUCCCAUCCAAAAGAUUAAAAGUUAAAGCAGAAUACAGGCUAGACCAGGAGAAGUCCUUCACUGGUGAUGAAGAGAAUGUUAAUGAUAUCACAUCUAAUGUGCAUCUGUGCACUGAUGCUAGGGAGCAUGCUGGAGGCAAAAGUAUGCUUUUACCGAAGGAAAAGUUGUUUUCAUGUGUACAGGGAAAUAACCAGGAAAGAAUAUUGCAAGGUCGACUUAAAUUAGAACAAGAAGGUGAAUUUGCUCAGUUGCAGGAAUUAUGUGGAUCCUUGUCUCCUCACCUGAACAAGUUUGGCAUGCCAUCUGCAACAAAUCAACCUUGUCCUGCUUCAGAGCCCAGUCAACAAAGUCAGCUUCAAGGACCAGAAUGUUUGCAGCACAAACAUUUUGCAGGUCCUCUUUUUGCUUCUUCUAUCUAUGGGGAUACGGGUAAUUACUGUUCUCCCAUGCCUGUCUGGUCACAGUUCCAUUCUGGACAAGCAUGCCAUCAACACGUCCUUUCAAGUUGUGAAGCUUCUCCAGGCAAUUCAAAUCAUUUCAACAAGUCUCAAGAUGCUUCAUCAAAAUCUUUGAUGAUGACUCCUCAAGAAAAAAUUGAAAAACUAAGAAGGCGACAGCAAUUGAGAGCAAUGCUUGCCAUUCAGAAACAGCAGCAGCAGUUUAGCUAUCAACCUGCAAAGGAAGGAGGAUCUGUUGAAGAGAAUUUGAGCUGCAUCCCUUCUCUGGACCCGAAUUCACCUUUAGAACAGGGUGACUCCAACACAGUUUGUUUGGCAGUUGAAAGUUAUUCAGUGGAAGACACGGCACUGUAUCUUCUUCAGGAUGUUAUCUCAAAGUUGGACCUCAAAAUAAGACUUUGUAUCAGAGAUAGUUUGUUCCGACUGGCUCAAAGUGCUACACAGAGGCAAUGUGGCAAUGAUAGUUGCGGCACUAAGAAGGGUGGAAGAGAAGUCAGCAAGGAAGAGAUAAACACCGAUAACAGACCACCCCAUGUAGAGACCGAGACGAAUCCAAUAGACCGCACUGUAGCUCAUCUGCUCUUCUACAAUCCAUCAGAGUUGCCGUCAAAACUUGCUGAAUUUCCCAAGUCAUCAAUGUUUUCAAUGCUCAAUUGUGAAAGAGAAGCAAUUGGUUCACCAAGCUUCCCAAGCAGAAUUUCACAACAGAAUUCUGAAACUAAUUCAACCACAGCUCUCCAGGGACCAAAAGCUUCUAGCUCAUAUAAUGAAGUGGAUAUAAUGAGAAGUAGCCCCUGCACUGAGACUUCUGAGAAUGCAUCAAACAAUGAAGGAGCAGAUGGUAGUGUUAUUGGGGUUGAAGCCACAUCGUGAAACAAUCCUAUCGUCAGAUAUAUGUAAGGUCAACUGGACAUUGAGCAACCAUGACUCCAUGAGCUACAAGAUUUGAAAUUUUAGGAGUCUCUGUUGUACCCUGGAAGAAUAAACCUCUUUUAUGCUGGUGUGGUAUGUUUUUCUCUUACCUUCUGUAAGAAAAUUAACUACAACAAACUUCUGUAGGUAAAUGAUGUCAGCACGUGUAUGCUAUGCUAUUGUUUUUUGUUGUACUGAAGGUUCUAAGAUAAUGAACAUACAUACUUCAACAAUUCAACGAAAAGUCGCAAUAUUGUAAUUUGACCA